CUCCUGCUCCCGGUGCUGUGACAGCUGCUCUCUGUGUAACGGAAGACAUUUUGAGCCGCUGCGGUCUCUCCACUCCGUUAUUCGAGUGUCAGCCUGAAGUCUGGGCUGACCUGCUGAGAAGUCAGUCUCCACACCCGAGCUGUAGUCGAAGAACAAGGCCUUUAAAGAUCUACAGAAAACGGUUCACCGGCGUAUGUGUAGCACAGCUAGCUAGCUGAGCGCCUCGAGCUAACCACAAAGCUAGCACAGUCCUAGAUGCUAGGUAGUUAGCAUCAGCUAGCUGGCCUGCCCUCCUCCUCUUCCUCCUCCUCCUUCUCCUCCUCCUCGACAGCCGGUCCCUUCACACCGACACAAUGGCUUUAAAACGAAUCAGCAAGGAACUAACCGAUCUGUCCAGAGAUCCUCCGGCUCAGUGCUCCGCCGGGCCUGUCGGUGAAGACAUGUUUCAUUGGCAAGCUACUAUUAUGGGACCUCCUGACAGUCCCUAUCAGGGCGGAGUUUUUUUCCUGACUAUUCAUUUCCCUACAGAUUAUCCCUUCAAACCACCCAAGGUCGCCUUCACAACAAGAAUUUAUCACCCAAAUAUUAACAGUAAUGGCAGCAUCUGCUUGGAUAUAUUGAGAUCCCAGUGGUCUCCAGCAUUAACUAUCUCUAAAGUCCUUUUGUCCAUUUGUUCUCUGUUAUGUGACCCGAACCCUGACGACCCGCUAGUGCCAGAGAUCGCCCGCAUCUACAAAACAGACCCCUCCAAGUAUAACAGACUAGCCAGAGAGUGGACAGAGAAGUAUGCCAUGCUGUGAGGGUACAACAGGACAGCUCAGGAAUGGACUCAUAAAUACGCCAUGUGAUGCUCCUUACUGCUGGAACAAACUCUUUGAUUUCCUCCUCUUCAUCAGCCAAUAACAGCAAUUUGUUCACGUUUCUGUUUGUCCUCUUCCUCACCUUUAAACGCUUUUAAAUUCUUGAUUUGCCCUUUUCUCUGCUUUCUAAAAACAAAAAAAGAUAAAUUAAAACACCGUGAGGGCCGAGGACUCUGAAUCUGCUGUGAAUGUGCCAACUGCAAAACAAAAAAAAACAAAAACGAACCACAAACCGGAGCGGACUCGUUCAGACCGGAGCGGAGCCGACGGAGAACUGUUACAAUAAAUAAUUUAAUGCAUGUCAGUGAUUGGUUCAUGUGCUGCUGAGAUCUGUACACCUUUUUAAAAAAAGAAAAGACGUUUUGGUUUUAUUCAGUUUUUCUUGUUUUUUUUUGUUGUUUUUAGACGAGAGAGCCGUUAGUUCAUCCAUCAUCCACACACUGUUCUCCUCUUUUUGCACUGAAGAUGAAACUCAAAGCUCUCAAUGGCUGAUUGAUCAACUAAUAGCUCUGUGAUGUUUUCUUUUCUCAAUAAAGUUGGACAAAUUGCA